GAUAAUACCUUUCCAAUUUUGAGUCUUUUGACUUGAAAUUUUGAGGGUAGACUCAUGAGACAGUCCACAUUUGCUGUACAGAUAUUGAUGGUAAUCUCUGGACAAAAGUCUGGCGUCAUUGACGUCGAUCGUCGUCGAAUCGAUAAAAAAACUAUCUUUUGGUAUCGUUUACGGUAAUUAUUGACACAUAGAAUCGAGUGGAAUCACGUUAAAAGCUCUGCAACUCAUCGUUGACGAGAAUACUUCGUCGUUAUUGACGUCCGUUGACGUCAAAUCAGCAAUUGUCGGGUUUGGUAUCGUUUCCGGUGGAUUCAGACACAUUUUAUCAUUUGGUGCGAUUUUUUCUGCACGUUAUUCUGAUUCUACUUAUGUAUUUAUAGACCCACUGAAAAAGUAAAGAAAAAUGAAAGUAAAAAUUUAAUAAAAGCAUCCACUAUUUUGAUAUAUACAAUAAAUCGAGACCUUUGGGAAAUUGAAAGUGAAAUUAAAUCUAAACCGAGGGUCAUCUAGAAAAGCAAAAUUAUGGCCCUCAUCAGCCGUCAUAAACUGGUGGCCAUCGAAUCCCGAGAUGAAUAUCCGACGCCCGAAGCGCUUAAAAUAAAAAUUUUAGAAGAGAGCGCUGCGCGAACCGAUAAGGCAAAGGAGUCCAGUGAUAGCGCGAUGUGGGUAAGAAAAUCGACCAAGCCGGACAGGUCAAGCACAGCGCAGUGGAAGCGCUGUGAUACCGCAACAGAAGAGUCAAACAAAAACGCGAAGGAAAAGGCGAAGGAAAAACUACGUUGUUUCCGCUGUAAAAAGAUAGGACAUCGAGUUUCGGAAUGCCGCGGAUUGUUCCGCGGGGACGGCUAA